GUGUAUAUAAACAAUCCGCCGUUUCGAUUCUGAGGGUAUUCGUGCUGUGGAAAUUCGUUAAUCAUCAUCAAACUUUGAUAAAUCGUCUGCAUGAAGCACUAGAGAAUGGGGUUAAAAAGCUUCACUAGUGUCGGAAGACUGUUACUGAUAUUAAUAGGAUUGACGUUGGCUCAAGAGGAUUCCCUACGUAGCGCAUUAAAUGCAAUUGAUCGACGCCAGAAAGACUUAUCCGAGUUUUCUAGAUAUGACGAUGACAAUUUAGGCGAAUAUGGUUAUUCUUUAGACGCUCCCGACGAUCUUUCAUUUUUAUCUCCCUCCGACUACCCAGAACGUGAUUUUGACAAGAACCCCGCGCUCGAGCGCCUGUUAUUAGAUUAUUUGGAAGACGGGUCGUAUUUAGAUUCAAGUCGGGCCGAUCAUGAUGAGGAUGUAAAAAAGAGGAUUUCGUCCUCAUUCCGUGAGCGUUUGGAAGAAGAUAAACAGCGACAAUUGGAGGAAUUAGCACAAAACGUUCUGGCGAACGACGACCGCGAUAACGAUGACGAUUAUGGCGAACUAAUUAGGGAACUUUGGGAAAAGUACAAAAACUACCCAAAUUUGUACAAUCAUCCGAGGGUCUAUUUCAACAACGACAACAAAAAGAGAACGUUUUAUCCCCGGCUCGGGCUCGAUAGCAUCGGUUUGCGAAAACGAAACAAAUAUUACGAGGGUGACAGCUUGAAUGACAACCCGUAUUUGUACACCUACAAAGACAAUUACUACAACAAAUACCAAGACGACGACGAUGACGAUAAAGACGCAGAACCUAACUAUUACGAGUGGGCUAAAAACAAACACUUCUCCAGAGACCGCAAAUUCGACUACAGAACUAGAUCCUAUAACCCGAACAAAAGAUUUCCCGUGUCGAAACGCAGCAGCAGUUUCGAACCGCCACACUCCGAAGUCACCCACGAGCACAAAAGGUCAACCACUAAGAAAGACUGCGUUGACAAAACCGAUCCUAAAGUCGCCAAAGAUUUAAGCAACAUUUUCGGUUCAGGUAGCACCGAGAAACCCACAACUUCAAAGCCCGAAAAGCCCAAAACCAUGAAAAAAGAGCAUGCUAAAGAAACUAAAUCGAAAAAUAAGACUAAAGGCGACAAAAAUAAAGACAAACCAAAAAAAGGUAGCUCCAAAGAAGAAAUUGCUGACGUAAUCAGUGACAAACCACUCCAAAUUCAGAAAAAAUCGAUUAACUGGUCGGACUACUUCGGGCUAGACCGGCGCAAGAAAUCUGAAGAUGAGUUGGACAAUGAAUGGUUAAUCGAGCGUUACCAUAAAGCCAUAGCCCUGAAACGUAACGCUGAAUAUCCAUUACAGUCAUUCAAAAAUCAUGACCAGCCCGCUAAAAAAGAAUCCGACAAGACUGACUCCGAAGAAGUAAAAAUCUCAGAAAUGGACACAAAACUUAAAAAUAUGGAAGACACUAUUAUCGAUGACGCUCUAAAAUACACCGGUGCUCACGAAGGUACAACUGAUUCCGAAGAAAUCCAGGACGUUAAAGACAAGGUAAUAUCGCGUCUCGCUGCCGCUUACAGCCUCGAGAAAAUGCGUCAAGCCCUAGGAGAGUACAAAUUAAGCAUGACGAAGGAGAAAGACCGCUUAAAGCAACAACACAAAAGCGACGACUACGACAUCUCUGAAGAAAAAAGGGUCUCCGUUCCCAGAAAACAAGCCAUCGACGACGAACGAGAGAAAAUUCCAGAAAGCGAUAACAACAUCAAAUGUUCCCAAGGCGACGAAGAGUGCGAAGAUCAGAAUUACCGAACACCAUCUGACGUUCUAGAACAGGCAGUUUUUGAGGAGUGUCCACGCGUGCAGAGGGCGUGUAACGAGAUAGCAACUGUAUUGGGUCAUUAUGCUCGAGUUUUCGAAACGGCAUGCAACAUGCAUCAGAUGUGCUUAUUAUGCAGUAACAACAGCUGGUUUGCCCCCACUCGCCAAUGCAACGUCCUGUUUCUAACGAAGGCUUUCGAACUGUGCGACGGGAAAGAAGAAUGUCAGAAGGAGGCCCACGGAUCCAUUAGGUACUUGCUGGACGUGAAUCGGUCACUUAGGUUGGAACCAUUGGGAGAAUGCGAACUCGCUUGUCCUGACAGGCGAAACAAAAAAAUGUUUCCGGCAUCUGAUACAGACAGCACCUAUGAGGAAGGGAUGUCGGUGGUUACCGAACCACCCCCACUGACGCGCGAGCAAGAACGACUCAACCAAGGAAUCAGGCGACCAAUUCCAGUUUCAACAAUAGACUGGCAAACCUCAUUGACGUCACACUUCUCACCUCUCUACGGUUUAGACUUCUUGCAAGACGUGAAUCAACUGAUAAUUCAACAAACGGUUGAACUAACCGACGUCAUGUCUUCCUUGGACUCGGAAAAUCGUUACACAGUCAAAGUUCCUCGCGGCGAGACAAUUUAUUACGCCACUGAAAGCUCGACUUCAUUUCAAAGGACUUGUUUUGGAUCCAGUCGGGCGUACACAAUGAGACUUUACGACCCGACACAACAAGAAGCCAUACAAUUUAGACGAAAACUCGCGUGUGGUUCUUGCUGUACUAUUUUUCCACUCUUACAAGAAAUGGAAGUUUGGAUUCCCCCGGGAGAAUUCGUUGGAAAAGUUUUACAGCAAUUUAGCGCGACGAGACCUAGCUUUGCACUCUACAACAAACAGUACGAAGUCAUUUACAAAAUUGAAGGACCGGAAGCGGCGUUUGGGUGUUUGAUGAGCAAGAAUCACAAUUUUCAGAUUUUUAGCAACGACGGAUCUACGCAAAUAGGGAGCAUCAUCCAUCAGUGGGAUCAGGUUCAAGUGGCCUAUAAUCUUUACUUGCAAAUGCCAGGAAAUGAAAAUAAUACACGAAACAAAGCUCUUCUGAUUGGUGCUGCUUUCCUAUUGGAGUACAUGUAUUUUGAAAAUUCGAAACGAAGAGGCUACUGCAGAUGUAUGUGCUAAUAUUGUUUUAAUCCUUAAGUAUAUCUACUCUUUGAGAACAAUAGCAUGAUUGUUGAUGUUAUAAUGUAGCGAUUUCAGAAACACCGAAUCAGGUUUUGUCAUGCGUCAUAGCUGUCGCCGUUCGUCGGUUUGUUUGUUAAGAAGAUUAUGAUUAUCUACUCAUGUUUCGACUUAAUUUUUUUUAUGUGCAUAUUUAUAUAUAGCCUGAUCUGGAAGGGGGAUUUGUAACACUAUGAAAUAAAAAAUCUUUUUUAAA